AUGCAUCCACCAUCACCAAGCCGAUUCGAGAUACGCAGGAUCCAACGCAGCAAUCUAAGAAUUGAGACGAUGUGGUAUUCAGAGAUUGUUCAGUUGAACUCCGCAAGUGAUCCAGGGGAUAGCUUAGAGAACGCUGUAGCAAGAACUGAGGAGAAAGGUAAGUUUCGUGUUCUGGGUACAUACAAAGCAACUGCAGACUUCAUUGAUUAUCAAGAGAUGUCCGAGCGAUUGUUGAGCCUUGACUUUGAAUUCCUGUGGGAAAUCCUGAACGACUAUUCGAAAUACCAUGAAUUUCCUCUGCUAGAGGAGGCUUUUGUACACGGAGAAUUUCACACGCCCCCAAACUUCCUUUCAGAUACUCUGGCAGUAUUCUUUUCUCUUCGCGAUGUGCAAAUUAUGCAAGAUUCCGAGUUUCGAAAAACUGUACUAGAUUCAGAAUACACGGCGAAGGAGAAACCAGAUCUGGCAUGGCUUUGGUCUGUCCAACAAUGGAAUCCUGCAUUUGAUGGAGGCAAUUAUGUUUCCUGUUGUGAAAGAAGAGAUUGUUUAAGAUCAUAG